AUGUAAAUGCUAUGUUAGACCAUAUGUUUGAGUGACGGAUUAUAAACACAACGAAAACUAAAUUAUUGGUCAACCAAUGAUUUAAAUUGGCAAAAACCACUGUUUUUAUUUGUUUUUACUUUUUGAGAAGCGAGGAGACACUUUAUUUGUUUGAUAAGCACCAUGAAUUCGGAAGAAGAUCGUGUAAAUGCGGACAGCGCAGUACGAGUUGCUGUAAGAAUCCGACCUCAAAUUCCAAGGGAGGUAAUCGAUAUGUGCCGGAUUUGUACGACAGUAACGAUUGGGGAGCCCCAGAUCUUCCUGGGAUCAGACAAAGCCUUUACCUUUGACUAUGUGUUUGAUAGCAACUCGAAUCAGUGUGAUAUAUAUGCGGAAUGUGUGGAGCGAUUAGUGGAGAGCACACUACAUGGCUAUAAUGCGACAGUGCUGGCCUACGGGCAAACGGGAUCGGGAAAGACUUAUACCAUGGGCACAGGCUUUGACCUUGAGUCCGAAUCGCCCGAAACGUCCGUUUCACUUGGCAUUAUUCCACGCGCUGUUCGCCACAUCUUCAGUGGCAUCGAGCGACUAGAAUCCUCGGACAGUUCAGAACUAACAGGAGAAGCUGGUAGCAGUCCGCCACACUUCAGUUUGGCCGUUCAAUAUAUCGAGCUGUAUAAUGAGGAUGUAUUCGAUCUACUGGAUCCAUUUAAUAAGAAUUCUAACUUUAAGAUACAUGAAGAUGCCACCGGACAGAUAACCAUAUCGGGAGCGUCUAUCAAGCCCAUUUCACAGCCACAGGAUGCCUUAAAAUACCUUCAGCAAGGAGCUUUGGCUCGCACCACGGCCUCAACAAAGAUGAACGAUCAGUCAUCGCGAUCCCAUGCGCUGUUCACGAUCUUUGUGCGUAGGCAGCGUGUACUUUCCUCCGUCGUAAAUCCGGCGGAGGAUAACGAUCUGGAAACUCUCACUUCAAAGUUCCAUUUCGUUGAUCUUGCGGGCUCAGAGCGACUCAAGAGGACACAGGCCACGGGCGAUAGGGCACGUGAGGGCAUAUCCAUCAACUGUGGGCUGCUGGCCCUAGGUAAUUGUAUUUCCGCUCUAGGGGACAAGUCCAAGCGAGCCUUGCAUGUUCCAUAUCGAGACUCUAAGCUGACACGCCUGCUACAAGACUCUUUGGGUGGAAAUAGUAAGACUCUAAUGAUAGCUUGUGUUUCUCCAAGCGAUCGCGACUUUAUGGAAACAUUAAACACCUUAAAGUAUGCAAACCGAGCGCGAAAUAUUAAGAACAAGGUUAAAAUCAAUCAGGAUCAAAGUUCUCGAACUAUAUCCCAGCUGCGCAGAGAAAUCGCCACCUUACAGAUGGAGUUAUUGGAAUAUAAGCAGGGAAAGCUUGUAUUGGAUUGCGAGGGAAACACAACUAUAUCGGAUACAUUUAAUGAGAAUACCAUGCUUCUGUCGGAUAAUAAGCGGCUACAGCAGCGGCUGAAGGCAAUGCAGGAAACCAUUAAUCGCUUGACGGAACGCAAUGCCCGAUUGCAGCUUGAAAUGGAUUCCAGAAAGUGGUCAAGUGAUGAUAAUUCAGAUGUAGAAACAACCGAACUGAUGGGCAAAUACUUAUUGGAAAUUGAGCAACUUCAGGCUAAACUAAUGGAGUCUGAGGAAAUUCAACGCCAAAUGGUGCCCCGAACCGUUAAGCCGCCUGUUUUUGAUGGAGACAUCAUAAGCAAAGCCAAACGAGGCUUGGAAAGGGAAAGAGAGCUAUUAAUGUCGCGUUCAUUGCCUGGAAAUCAACAGCAGAACAUCAGCUUGGACGAUGCAGAAGUUUGUAGUAGCGAUUCGGAAGAUGAGCGGACAGCCAGAGACAUGAGAGAGAUUGAUUAUGAUAUUGAGACAAAAUCGAAAUUGAUCGAACAGUUGGAGCUGAGCGAGGAGAGAAUGAAGUGUAUGCAAUUGCAAUACGAAGAACAAUUGACGAUUCUGAAAUAUAAAAUAUCGAAUACGGAAAAAGAACGCGACGAAAUGUUAACAAAUAUGAGUGCCUCUGUUUCAGUUCCAUCAAAGGACAGUUUAAAAAGAGUAAAGUUGGAUUAUGAAGGCAGAAUUUCUCAAAUGCAGCACGAAUUAAAAAGGUUACAGAAAACGCAGCGGGAACACCAACAGCAACAGAGACAGCUUAAGUCCAACGUUGUGCGGAUGAACACGUUACGCAGCGAGGUGGCUGAACUCAAGUUUGCGAAAGUAAAAUUAAUGAAAAAAAUGUCAGCACAAACAAGUCGUCAUAAAGAGGAGGACAACCGAAAAACAAAAGAAAUCGCUCAAUUAUUGAAAGAACAGCGUCGUCAGCAAAACGCCUUUACAUCUUUGGAAGCCAAGGUGAAUGCCAAGGACCAAAUCCUGAAGCGAAAAACUGAAGAGGUUAUUGCUCUGCGCAAAAGUCAACGUGGAAAGCCAGGACAAAGAGCGCUUAAAGUAUUUUCCAAAACUGCCGCCCUUGACGGAUUAACGUCUCGUACCACUCGCCAUCAUUGGGAGAAUCUGUAUCGCGCAAUAUCCCAUGAAGCCCGAAACAGGCAGAUGGUCAUGCAGUGGGAAAGGGAGCUAAAUCGUUUAGUCACUGAGCGAGACAAUUUUUGUCACGAGCUCAGAAUAUUAGAACUUAACAAGGGAGGAGCCGAUGAUGAUCUCAACGAAAGGGAGAAUUUGAAAAUCAACAUUUCCUACCUUGAACAGAAUAUUGAGCAUGUGCAGAAAGCAAUAAUGGAAGUGGAAGACACAAAGGACACUGGACCUAGUGAGGCGAAUAAGAUUCAGAGUCUUUUGGAUUCGAUUACGACUGUCCCCGAGGCUGUGUACAUUCUGGAGAAGCUGGCCGACAAUUCCAUCGUAAUGACGUGCAACUUGGCAAUUGCUCAAUCUCAUUUACAAGAGCACCAAUCGCUCCUAAAUGAAGCCCAACAGGAGAGUAGCAUACAACAGCAAAUAAUACAACAUUUUCUAGCCCAGAACAGCAAUGUGCAUAUAUCUGAGAUAUUCGAUUCGUUAAGUCUCAAAAGCAGUAACCUUUUACAUACUGCGAAUCCGAGUUCUCAAAAGUCAUUAGUUAGUAAUGCAACCUACGACAUACCGCAAGACGACAAGCUAUCAGACUCUUCAAAUGUGGAAAUGCGCAGGACGUCGAGUAGAAGCCCUUCACCAUUUGGAAACACAGACGCGUCCGAUAAAAGCCCCAAAGUUCGUAGACGUACAGCGAAACGGCAAGAUCUUUUAUUUGGCGACACUGAGUUUCCAAAUCUGGCUAAUAAUAAAAUGACGUGAUCGUGGAUGCGAAGAUGAUGUCAUGGACGAGAACUUCGCGUGAAAUUUAAGUAAAACAUCAAUCGAACAAAUAUUUUUUAAGCCGGGCUGCUAUUAAAAAACGUUAGAAGACUUGAUAAACG